AUGGGCAAGGGCAUGGGCAUGAGCAUGGGCAAGGGCAUGGGCAUGGGCAAGGGCAUGGGCAUGGGCAUGGGCAUAGGCGUGGGCGUGGGCAUGGGCAUGGGCGUGGGCAUGGGCGUGGGCAUGGGCGUGGGCAUGGGCGUGGGCAUGGGCAUGGGCAUGGGUGUGGGCAUAGGCGUGGGUAUGUUGGGCAUAAGCAUAAAUAUGGGCAUGAGCAUAAAUAUGGGCAUGAGCAUAAAUAUGGGCAUGAGAAUAAACUUAGGCAUGAGCAUAAAUAUGGGCAUGAGUAUAAAUAUGGGCAUGAGCAUAAAUAUGGGCAGGAGCAUAAAUAUGGGCAUGAGCAUAAAUAUGGGCAUGAGCAUAAACAUGGGCAUGAGCAUAAACAUGGGCAUGGCACAGGCAUGGGCAAGGGCAUGGGCAUAG